CCCGCCCGCCUGAUGCCCGUCGCAGUAGGCUAAGGCAGCGUCGGCUUCGGACGCGGACGUGCGCUUGAUGGCAUGGAGGACAGCGGCGCACUUCCUGCUUAAUGUGGGCGAGGACACAGCUGUUCAGCGUCUAGCAGCGCAGCAUCGCAUCACAGCCCAGAGAAUCGCCCCAUUGUAUCGCGGCUGCACGGGCGACUCAGGCGGGCACGUUUCGCUCGGCUGAUCGUGGCAGAAGAGCCGCGCACUCGCCGGGACUCGCCGGGACUCCGGAGCGGAGAAUCAAACUGAUGCAUCGCUAAUAAAGACCUGGGAAGCUACUAAAAGGAUAUCAUACCCUUGUGAUUGGACGUGAGCCUACUUUGACCCCAGAAAUUGAAGAUGAUGUUGCUAUGGAAACUGCUGGUGCUGGCCUCUUCGGUGGGGUGCCUCACAGACAGCGGUGGCCUGCAGAGCCUUGUCUUCAGCAAGCAGCCUGGCAGCAUCGUGUUUCCUGUGGACUCCGUGGAGAAGAGCAGGGAGGUCACGUUCAGCUGUGAGGCCAGGGGAAAUCCCCCACCCUUUUACAGGUGGAAGCUGAAUGGUACAUUGAUCAAUCCUAAAUCAGGGUCCCACUACAGCCUCUCGGGAGGAAACUUGCGAAUCAGUGAUCUGAACAAGGACGAGGAUGCCGGCACAUACCAGUGUCUCGCGGCAAAUUCCUUAGGGACCAUCGUCAGUCGAGAGGCCACUCUAACCUUUGCAUACUUGGAAAACUUCAAGACUCACAGAAGAGGAACCGUGUCGGUGCGUGAAGGACAGGGCGUGGUGCUGCUCUGCGGAAGCCCCGCCCACUCCGGAGAACUAACUUACUCCUGGAUCUUCAAUGAAUAUCCCUCGUUCGUGAAGCAGGACAAUCGUCGGUUCGUAUCUCAGGAGACGGGGAACCUGUACAUCGCUAAGGUGGAACCAUCGGACGUGGGCAACUACACCUGCGUGGUGACCAACACGGUCACUAAGGGCCGUGUGCAGGGCCCCCCUACCCCGCUGGUGCUGCGCACAGAUGGCGUGAUGGGGGAAUAUGAGCCCAAGAUUGAAGUCCAGUUUCCGGAGAUUGUCCCCGUGGCCAAAGGAUCAACUGUGAAACUGGAGUGUUUUGCACUGGGAAACCCGGUACCCAGCAUCAGCUGGAGAAGGGUGGAUGGAGUCCCCUUUUCACGGAAGGUGGACCUGAACAAGGCUAGUGGUGCUCUGGAAAUCCCCUACUUCCAGCAGGAGGAUGCAGGCUCGUAUGAAUGCCUGGCAGAAAACUCCAGGGGCAAGAAUACCGUGAAAGGAAAGCUGACUUUCUACGCUCCUCCACACCUGACAGAAAGACCCGAAGAUGUGCAGAAGUCCAUUGAUGACAGCCUGCUGUGGGAGUGCAAGGCCAGUGGGAAGCCCAAGCCCUCCUACCGCUGGCUGAAGAAUGGAGAACCUCUGGAGACCCUGGAGGAGAGAAUUCAAGUCAUCAAUGGAGCUCUAUCAAUCAGCAGACUGAUGCAGGCCGAUGCUGGGAUGUAUCAGUGCGUAGCCAGCAACAAGCACGGGGAAGUCUACAGCAACGCCGAGCUGGGGGUGAUCGCUGUCGCCCCAGAUUUUUCGCAAAACCUACUUAAGACGCAUACCCUGGUGAGGGAGGCUGGGGACGUGUUGAUCGAGUGCAGGCCAAAGAUGUCUCCCCGGGGAAUGAUAUCGUGGCGGAAAGGGAACGAGGCUCUCCGCGAGAGCAAAAGGAUUUCUGUGAUGGACAGUGGAAGUCUGAGGAUAACAAAUGUAUCUAAAUCAGAUGCAGGCAUCUACACAUGUGUUGCAAGAAACCAGUUUGGUGUGGCAAGCAGUACUGGAACCCUAGUGGUGAAAGAGCCAACAAUUAUUACGACUCCACCAUCAACUUUGGACGUGACACUAGGAGAAAGCAUUGUUCUUCCAUGUCAGGUGUCACACGAUCCCUCACUGGAUCUGAAAUUCACCUGGUUCUUCAACGAGCAGGUCAUCCACUUUGGAAGCCACGGCGGAUACUUUGAGAAAGUUGGCGGUCAUUCUUCAGGAGACAUCAUGAUCCGCAACAUCCAGCUGCGGCAUGCUGGGAAAUACACCUGUGCUGUGCAGACCAAGGUGGACAGCGUCUCCAUCGCCACUGACUUGGUCGUCAGAGGUCCCCCGGGUCCGCCCGUGAGCAUCCAUGUGGAAGAGAUCUCUGAUAGCACAGCCACUCUCUCCUGGAGGCCUGGCCCGGACAACCAUAGCCCAAUUACCACGUACACCAUCCAGGCAAGAACACCAUUCUCGCUGGGCUGGCAGGCUGUCACCACAGUUCCCCAGGUGCUUGGAGGCCAGCGUCUGACAGCCACAGUGACGGACCUGAGCCCAUGGGUCGAGUAUGAGUUCAGAGUGCUGGCGAGCAAUGCUAUCGGGACAGGAGAACCUAGCAAGCCUUCCAAGAGAGCGAGAACAAAGGAAGCUCUUCCAAAGGUCAGUCCUGCUAAUGUGAGUGGUGGUGGUGGCAGUCAUUCGGAGUUAGUCAUCACAUGGGAGCCCGUUCCUGAGGAAUUGCAGAACGGUGGAGGCUUCGGUUACGUCGUGGCCUUCAGACCUUUUAGCACUCCUGGGUGGAUGCAGGCAGCCGUCACCUCGGGAGAUGCAUCCAGAUAUGUCUUUAAGAAUGAGAGCAUCCCCCCAUACUCUCCUUACCAAGUGAAAGUGGGUGUGUACAACAACAAGGGGGAGGGGCCUUUCAGCCCCAUAGCCACCAUCUUCUCUGCUGAGGAAGAGCCAGACAAAGCAGCUACCAGAAUCCGCGCCAGGAGCCUCUCUGCGUCUGAGGUCGAGGUCUCCUGGAAAGCCCUGCUUCUGAGCAAGAGGAGAGUCCUAGGCUAUGAGCUGAGAUACUGGGGUAAAAACGAAAAGGAUGAGACCGCCAGCAUGCUGAGAACGGUGGGGAACAAGACGUCUGCCGUCAUUCAGGGGUUAAAGGGUAGCAGCAUGUAUUACAUCACCGUGAGAGCCUACAACACGGCAGGGACGGGGCCCGUCAGCAUCGCGGUGAAUGUCACCACCAAGAAACCGCCCCCAAGCCAAGCACCUCUGAAAGUCAUGUGGAAUGCAUCAAAUUCCAAGAUCAUCUUGAACUGGGAGCAUGUCAAAGCUCUUGAGAAUGAAUCAGAAGUUACUGGAUACAAAGUGCUAUAUAAGCGCAACAGGCACAGCAGGCCUGAUGUCAUGGAGACCAACACCACAUCAGUGGAGCUCUCCCUGCCUGUAGAUGAGGAAUACAUCAUCCAGAUCAAACCAUUCGGUGAAGGAGGAGAAGGGAGCAGCAGCCGACAGAUCACUAUCCCCAGAAUAUCAGGUCCAAAAGCCAUUGGUUCCGCCUCCAAGGUGUCCACCUUAUCAGCCCUGAGUACAAUAGCAUUGUCUUUCACAGCAAGGACAUCUUUAUGACGAACAAUAUCCGGAGAACUGUUCCGUUGACAAGGAGGCGAUUUAAAGACCUUAAAAACAUAAGAAUAAAUAAAUCAAUAAACCUGAAAACAUAUGAGCGGCCACCAGCUACACUCCGUGGUGUAUAGAAGCUCAUUAGUAUAUGCGAUAGAAGCAGGAGGACACACCUGAAAAUAUGGUAUCCAGUGAGGGGAGCAGCAGGCUCCGCCCUCAAAGUGUCAUUUAAGAAGCUGGGACGUCUGCCGAAGUCUUGAAUAUUGUUACCAAAGCAGCUUUCAUUAAAAGAGAAAAAAAAGUUCUUAUAUGCAUAUUUUGUAUCAGAUGCUGGGCUUUUUACAGAUUUCUUUAAACAUACCUACAGAUUUGCUCUGUUCCAGUGAAACUAGGAUGUACAACAUGUAGGUGCAUGUCAACUCCAAGAGGAACCGUUUCUUUCGUGGGAAAAGGAUAAACCUUUCUGUCUGGUUCAAAGAACCCCUUCGACAUCCGAAGCCAUUGACAUCUGAGGGCACCAGCCAUCUGUACAGCGGUCACAGUGAACAAAGGCCACGGCCGCACCGCCGUGUUUGAAGACCAUGCUCCAGUUGAAUUUUCGAGCGCUGACGUGAACACAUCACGUGGCAUGUAGCACGCAUAUGACACGUGACAAACGCAUUCCAGACUCUCAUGCGGUCUGUCUUCACAUAUACCCACAACUGUGAGAACUGAGGAAGGAAAGGUCUCUUCUUGUCUGACCUCCAUCGCACACGGUGAGCCCACUUGGAAGAUUACACACCUUAAGAGGAUUUCAUUCGUCGAAUUCGCUGCCCCACCGUUCCUUAAGUGGAGUUCCCGGUGCCCUGUCUUUGGUUUCACCCUCUCUGCUACUAGUCUGUUGUUAGAGCAAUGCUCUUCCUUAUGUGUGCCUCAUAUGCUCCGAAUUCUCAGGUCUUUUAAGAGCCUUAAGUAAUAUCCUAUAUAUAUAUAUAUAUAUACACACACACUGUAUAUACAUAAAUGUACAUACA